AUGUGCGCCACAGAGGCGCCGCAAACUGCCCCCGAUUCCUCCCAGCCACACUUCAAGGGCUUUGCGGUUGCUAGAACCAAAAUGGCGGCCCUAAACGCGUCGCCCGUCGUUGCUCAAACCUCGAAUGCGCUUGACGCGUCAACCCUCACUAAUGCGAAAGCAUCCAAGUCCCGCGCAUGCGUCCUCCACAGCGGUUGCUUCGGCGAGCGCGUUACAAAGGACGCGUCCUUGAGAGCCAUCAGCGGAAAAGCCGCUCUUUCCGGCCUCGUGAAGGCGCACAAGGCUGGCCGAAGCGGCGUUGCGCGCGCCUCACUAGAUCCUCCCAAGGCUGUCAGCGCGGACGCGCCGCCGGCCUUCACAGCGUGGGGCGAUGACGCGCUCAACCCCGCGGGGAAGCGCACGGAUAUCAAGAAGAUCAUGAUCCUGGGCGCUGGGCCCAUUGUGAUCGGCCAGGCCUGCGAGUUCGACUAUUCUGGCACCCAGGCGUGCAAGGCGCUGAAGGAGGAGGGGUACGAGGUGAUACUGAUCAACUCCAACCCCGCCACCAUCAUGACCGACCCCGGCACCGCCGACCGCACCUACGUCGCUCCCAUGACGCCCGAACUCGUCGAGCAGGUGAUCGCGAACGAGCGUCCCGACGCGCUGCUGCCGACGAUGGGCGGGCAGACGGCGCUGAACCUGGCGGUGGCGCUGUCGGAGCGCGGCACUCUCGAUAAGUACGGCGUGGAGCUGAUCGGCGCGAAGCUGGACGCCAUCAACAAGGCGGAGGACCGCGACCUCUUCAAACGCGCCAUGGACAAACUCGGCAUCAAGAGCCCGAAAUCCGGGACUGCCAACACGCUCCAGGAGUGUUUCGAGAUCGCCAAGUACAUUGGCGACUACCCGAUGAUCAUCCGCCCGGCCUUCACGCUGGGAGGGUCGGGAGGCGGCAUCGCGUACAACGAGGAGGAGUUUGAAACCAUCUGCAAGGCCGGGCUCAGCGCCAGCGCCACGUCACAGGUGCUGAUCGACAAGUCGUUGCUGGGGUGGAAGGAGUACGAGCUGGAGGUGAUGCGCGACCUGGCGGACAACGUGGUGAUCAUCUGCUCCAUUGAAAACAUCGACCCCAUGGGCGUGCACACUGGCGAUUCUAUUACCGUCGCGCCCGCUCAGACGCUCACUGAUAAGGAGUACCAGCGUCUGCGUGACUACUCGGUCGCCAUCAUCCGCGAGAUAGGGGUGGAGUGCGGGGGUUCCAACGUGCAGUUCGCCAUCAACCCCAAGGACGGCGAGGUGGUCGUCAUUGAGAUGAACCCGCGUGUGUCCCGCUCCUCCGCGCUGGCGUCCAAGGCCACAGGCUUUCCUAUUGCCAAGAUGGCGGCUAAGCUGAGCGUCGGGUACACACUUGAUCGGAUUCCGAAUGACAUCACCAAGAAGACUCCGGCUAGUUUCGAGCCGUCGAUCGACUAUGUCGUCACCAAGAUCCCGCGUUUCGCCUUUGAGAAGUUCCCAGGUUCCGAGCCAACGCUCACCACCCAAAUGAAGUCCGUCGGAGAAGCCAUGGCCAUCGGCCGCACCUUUCAGGAAAGCUUCCAGAAGGCCCUGCGCUCGCUCGAAACGGGCCACUGGGGGUGGGGGUGCGAGCCGGUGAAGCAGCUGGAGUGGUCGCUGGACGACCUGAAAUACUCCAUGCGCGUGCCCAACCCCGACCGCAUGUACGCCAUCUACGCCGCCAUGAAGCGCGGCAUGAGCCAGCGGCAGGUGCAGCAGCUCACCAGCAUGGACCCGUGGUAUCUCUCACAGAUGGGGGAGUUGUUGGAAGUGGAGGAUUUUAUGGGGAAGCUGGAUGGGAACCUGCGCGCGCUCACCAAGGAGGAUAUGCAGCAGAUCAAGCGCCGAGGGUAUAGUGAUCGGCAGAUUGCGUUCGCGCUGAAGACGACGGAGGAGGAGGUGAGGAGUUAUAGGUUGGAGCUGGGCGUGGUGCCGGCGUUCAAGCGCGUGGACACGUGCGCGGCGGAGUUUGAAGCCAUGACGCCGUACCAGUACUCGUCGUAUGAUGAGGAGAAUGAGGGCCAGCCGGAUGCAGAGCGCAAGGUGCUGAUUCUUGGCGGUGGGCCGAACCGCAUCGGGCAGGGGAUUGAGUUUGACUACUGCUGCUGCCAUGCGUCGUUCGCGCUGCAGGCUGCGGGGUUCGAAACAAUCAUGAUGAACAGCAACCCGGAAACCGUCUCCACUGAUUACGACACCUCCAACCGACUCUACUUUGAGCCGCUGACCGUUGAAGAUGUGAUCAACGUGAUCAACCUGGAGCGCCCCGAUGGGAUCAUCGUGCAGUUCGGAGGGCAGACCCCGCUGAAGCUGGCCGUGCCCAUCCAGAAGUACCUCGAGAAGACGCAGCUGCAGGCGGCCAGCGGGAGCGGGCCGGUGCGCAUCUGGGGCACGUCGCCGGAUUCGAUUGACGCGGCGGAGGAUAGGAAGCGGUUUGAGGCGAUGCUGAACGAGUUGGGCAUCAACCAGCCGCCCGGGGGGAUUGCACGGAGCGAGGAGGAUGCGCUGGCUGUGGCGAAGCGCGUGGGGUACCCGGUGGUGGUGCGGCCGUCGUAUGUGCUGGGCGGGCGCGCUAUGGAGAUCGUGUAUAACGAUGAGGCGCUGCAGAAGUAUUUGGUGACGGCUGUUGAGGUCGACCCUGAGAGGCCUGUUCUCGUUGACAAAUACCUUGCGAACGCCACUGAGCUGGACGUUGACUGUCUCGCCGAUAGCACGGGCGCAGUGACGAUAGGCGGCAUCAUGGAGCACAUAGAGCAGGCGGGCGUGCACUCGGGCGACUCAGCGUGCUCCCUGCCCACCCAGUCCAUCUCCGACGACGCUCUUGCCACCAUCCGCGACUGGACCACUCGGCUGGCUCGCAAGCUGAAUGUCGUAGGCUUGAUGAACUGCCAGUACGCAGUGAUGCCCACUGGAGAAGUUUACAUCAUAGAAGCCAACCCACGUGCCUCCCGCACGGUGCCCUUCGUGGCCAAGGCCAUCGGCCACCCCCUCGCCAAGUACGCAUCCCUCAUCAUGGCCGGCAAAACCCUCCAUGAGCUUGGAUUCGACAAGGAGGUUAUCCCGAACCACGUGUCAGUGAAGGAGGCGGUUCUGCCGUUUGACAAGUUCCCUGGCUGUGACGUGCUGCUGGGGCCGGAGAUGCGGUCUACCGGGGAGGUUAUGGGUCUCGACGCGACGUUUGAGAAGGCGUUUUUGAAGGCGCAGGUGGCGGCGAAUCAGCGGCUGCCAACUGGCGGGUCGGUGUUUGUGAGCUUGAACGAUCUGACCAAGGAGAGUGGCGUGGAGGUGGCGAAGAGCUUUGUGGAUCUGGGGUUCAAGAUUCUGGCGACGGAGGGCACGGCGAAUGUGCUGGAGGAUGGAGGGAUUGAGGUGGAGCGGGUGCUGAAGCUGCAUGAAGGGCGUCCCCACGCUGGCGAUCUGGUGUCCAACGGGCAGAUUCAGCUUCUAGUGAUCACCUCAGCGGGGGACGCCCUGGACCAGAAGGACGGGCGGCUGCUGCGGCGCACAGCGCUGGGCAAGAAGGUGCCCAUCAUCACCACCAUGGCCUCUGCUCGCGCCACCGUCAAGGCGAUUCGCGGGCUGAUUGAGUCGCCCAUUGAGAUGAAGGCGCUGCAGGAUUAUUAUUUCACCACUUGGCUAGAUGACCUGCAGCUGUUCCUUCUGAGCGAUAGCAAGGAGCAUGUGUCGCUCUAUGAUUACGCGUCUGGUGCUGCACCUGCCCCUCCUGCCACAUUUGAGCUUAGUGUUCGUUCCCACUGGCAGACUCGUGACGCUGCUGCUCGCCUAGCCAUUCGCAGUCACCUCCCGCUAGCUGAGCUCGAGCAUUUUGGCGACUGCAAAUCCGCUAAGGCCCUGUACGAUGCUGUCGUUGCUCGCUACUCCUCGCCUGCCACAGCCGAGCUUAGCCGCCUCAUGCUGCCGUACCUGUUCCCUGAGCUGUCCACCUUUGCUACAGUCGCCGAUCUUAUCACCCACCUUCGCACUAGUGAUGCUCGCCUGCGUGCUGCCCUUCCCACCGAGUUCUGCGCUAAGAACCCCCCUCCACUGUACUGGACACUCCACUUCAUAGUCACCCGACUCCCUGACACCCUCAGCUCAGUUCGAGACCACUUCCUUGCUCGCUGUCCCACUGAGCUCACAGUCGCCCUCCUAGAGGAGCAGCUGCUAGCGGCCGAAAAGAGCAUUGUAGCUGUCGGUGCUGCUCGUGGCGCUCCUCGCACCCCCAUCUUUGAGGGGUGUUCUCCCUCUCCCCUCGCUCCCUCCUACGCUACUGCUGCUGCUGUUGACUUCCUUGGUGCUGAGUCUGCUGGCGCUGCUUCUGCUCCUGGUGGGAGGCGCCGCACCGGCAAGGGCAAGGGGGGCAAGGGUGGCGGGGGUGGCGCUGGGGGGGGAGGAGGUGGGGGAGGUGGGGGGGGAGGCGGUGCUGGAGGGAGCGGUGGCGGGAGUGCUGGUGGGAGUGGGGUCGGCAGCGGAGGCGGGGGCGGCGGAGGGAGCGGUGGCGGUGGUGGCGGCGGCGGCGGUGGCGGCGGUGGCGGCGGCGGCGGUGGCGGUCGGAGCGGAGGUAGUGGUGGUGGCGGAGGUCGGAGUGGAGGCACUGGCUCGGGCCAGAGCUCCCAGCAGCAGCAGCGUCCCCAGACGACCCAGCAGCUUCGUGAGUGGCUUGCUCAGCGUGGGACGUCGGGGGGCAAUGGCCGCUGUUCCUAUGUCAUUCGCACAGGUGACCGCAAGGGACAGACGUGUGGGAGGUUCCACACCCCGUACCGCUGCUUCUCCCGCCUUGACGACGCUUGGCGUGAGGAGAUGGGCGAGGAUGUUGAGCGCCCCCGCUGGGCUGAGCUCAUGAGGGCUGGUGUUGAUAUCUUUGCUCUUGACUAUGAUGCUAUUAUUGCUGCCAUGUAUGCAUUGACUGUUAGUGCCGAGGGAGACUGUUACUUGUGUGUGCCGCCUGACCCAGGUAUAGAGCCCGCUGCCCUGGGUACUAGUGAGUCUGCUCUCUCCGGUAUGGUGCCCCCUGUACUUGCUCCCUCCAGUGCUGUCCCGGCUGUUUGCGAGUCUGCUCUCUCAGGUACAGCACCCACAGAGACUGCUCUCUCAGGUACCGCACCGGCUGAGGCCUGUCACACCUUCACCCUUGACUCAGUCCUUGCCCAGUCCACCACUGUGCUCCCUUGUCCGGCGGUUCCGUCUGGCUCGUUGUCGGGUUUCCACCUCCCCUCGUUCUCGACGAACCUGGUGAGCAACGCUGUCAUCCAGGAUCAGUGGGUUGACACCUUUACCCCUGGAGGACAGCGUGUGGCGAUCUGCACGUGCUCCAGGACCGGCCGUCACCUGGCUACGUUUACCCGUCGGCCGGGGUCGAGUCUCUACACACUGACCACUGCGUCUCCUCAGGUUGCUGCUGUCGGUCAGGUGUCCGCGUCAGGUCUGGUGGCCCACGCCUCCCGCGUUCGUGGCCAGGGCGGUGAGCGGUACUUUUUGCUGGUUGUCGACGACUACUCGCGUUACACCACGGUCUUCCCCUUGCGCACCAAGGGUGAGGUCCCUGCUGUUCUGAUCCCUUGGAUCCGCACAGUUCGUCUCCAGCUCCGCCGCCGUUUCCGGACGGAUCUUCCUGUCCUGCGUCUGCACUCUGACAGAGGUGGUGAGUUUUCCUCCGAUCUCUUGAGGACCUUCUGUCAGGCGGAGGGCAUCGAGCAGACCUUCACGCUUCCGGACUCCCCACAGCAGAAUGGGGUUGCUGAGCGCCGCAUUGGCCUGGUCAUGGAGGUCGCUCGUACCUCCUUGGUCCACGCGGCGGCUCCCCAUUUUCUGUGGCCGUUUGCUGUCCGGUACGCCGCACAUCAGCUCAACCUCUAG